CCAACUUUAAAUUUUAAAAAAAAAUGAAAUCUAGUAAUAUUUGCUAUUUUUAAAUUAAACAUUUGAAUUAAACAAGUGUAAAUAAAAAAUGUGAACAUCGAAUUAAAUUAUGAAACAAAUAUAGAAAUGGCAGUUCGAUCAUUGAAAUAAUAAUUCACAAAAUUGUCAGCAAUAUUUUUCUAUCCGAAAAAUGAAAAUGUAUUUAAAAAUUUAAAUCCUGUUUUCUAUCAAAUUUUUAAAAAUCAAGUUUUAAGAAACCGAAUAGUUAUGAGACUUGUAAAUCAUUGAAAUGUUUAAAUUACAACCUAUCUUAAAAAUAAUGAUGAUCAGAAGUUGCCAGGUCACUAAUAAUUUUUAUGAAUCAAAACCUGGAUCUAUUUAUUCUACAUAAAACAUUUGAAAUCAUCAAUAAUGCAAAAAUUCAUGAAAACCUGUUGUCAUCAUGAAAAUUCUACUUUCGCAAGUAGAUAUACAGUUUACAAUCAUCCUGACGUAAAUAAUGUCGUUGAAUUCAUAGAAGAUAAAUUAUAUUUUGCUACAUUGAAUCCUGGUCAUAAAAUUGCACGAUGUACGGAAAAAAUUAUAUUUUUCAAUACCGAUAAUGAAUUAGUUUACAGUCCAAUUAACAAUGAUUUUGGUCCUUUAAAUUUGGCAUGCGUUUAUAGAUUUUGCAAUAUUUUAAGUAGAAAAUUAAAAAAUCCCAACAACUGGUACAAGCAAAUUGUUUAUUAUACUAGUAAUGAAGAUGAAAAUAAAAGAGCAAAUGCAGCUUUUUUGAUAGCUUCAUUUGCUGUGAUAUUUCUUGAGAAAACACCAAAUGAAAUUGAUAAAGCUUUAACAAUAAAUAAUUUAUUUUUAAAACCAUUUCUAGACGCCUCUCAUACUCAAAAUCUCACACUUACUUUACUUGAUUGUUUAAAUGGAAUGGAAAAGGCUCAAAAAUAUGGACUUUUUAAUUUUCAAGAUUUUAAUUUAUCUGAAUAUGAAAAAUAUAGUCAAAUGAAAAAUGGGGAUUUAAAUUGGUUGGUACCACAUAAAUUAAUUGCAUUUGUGGGUCCAAAUACUGAUAAAGAUACACAUUAUCAUCCACCCGAAAAAUAUUUUAAUUAUUUUAUCAAAAAUAAUGUAGAAGCAAUUAUUCGAUUGAAUAGAAAAUGCUAUGAUGCAUCGAGAUUCAGGAAAAUAGGAAUAAAACAUUAUGAUCUUUAUAUGCCAGAUGGUACUGUACCAGCUCGGCAAAUAUUACAAGAAUUUCUUGAAAUUUGCGAAACUACAAAGGGAGCUAUUGCUGUACACUGCAAAGCUGGACUAGGAAGAACGGGAACAUUGAUAGCUGCUUACAUAAUUAAACAUUAUCGAAUGAAAGCAAGAGAAGCUGUUGCAUGGAUAAGAAUUUGCAGACCAGGAUCAAUAAUUGCUCCUCAACAGAAAUGGCUCGAAGAAAUUGAGACUCCAUUGCAGAGAGCAGGACAAUUUUAUAGAUUAAUAUGUCAUCAUAAAAGUAAUUCAAUUACUCGACAUAAGUAUGGUAUCUAUUCAAUCAUCUAUAAAUUAGAAAAAAUUGGAACCUUAAUUCCUAAAGAAUAUCACUCCUUUAAACAUUUAGACAAUCAUUCAGAAAUAUUACGUCUCAAACAAAGAAUCAAGCGAACAAAAAGAAAAAUAUGCGAAGUAAAAAAUCACAAAGAAAGUAAGGAAUCAAAUUUUUUAGAUCAAAAACUAUUAAAAGAGAGUUCCGAAAUUAAUCAAAUUUGUCCAUUAAAAUCAAAACAUCAAAAAUGGAAUAUUUAAUUUUAUUUAAAAAAAGAAAUGUAUUCUAUUCAUUUAUUGACAAAUUGUACAAAGUAAAACUAUUAUUUACAACUUAAAAAAACUAUUCUCUUUUUUUUUACCAUACUUAAGUAUACAACCUUUAAAAGGUGUCAAAAUAUAAUAAGAAAAUUUUUUGAACACUGUCAGAUAUUUAUAUAUCAGUUCUGUUACAACCUGAGUUGUUGAGAUUAACUUGAAAAUUUUUUUUCUUCUAUCAUUUCAAAAAAAAAAUUUUAAGAUAA